AUGAAAGGAAUGGAUCUUUUCUGUGUUUCUUCAGCUUCCACAGCCAUCUGCUCUAGCGUGGACCAUCGUUCCAUGGUCCACCGUGGCCAUAGGCCUAUUGGCCGACAAAAUUCUAAGCCUUAUGCACCUUGUUCAUCACAAUUGCCUAUAAUUCCUAGGCCUUGCCACAAUGGAAAGCGUAGAAAGAGCUCUGUUAAGCCAAGUGAUGUGCUUCGAAAAAGCUCUGCUGAUAUUCAUGAUCUAAAUAGUCCUCCUGGUUCCUCUAGAUAUCUUCUAAGUGAUAGACCCUUUACUGAUUGGUUAUCAGAGUCUGACCGUGUCUCAGCAUUGGUUCCUGCUCAGCCUGCAAAGUCUAAGCAUGUAAGCUCCAAUUAUUCUCCUGCCUUAAAGUCUUCUUCAUCUGCUCGCUCUGGUGACCAGGUGGUGGUUUUGAGGGUGUCAAUCCAUUGCAAAGGAUGUGAAGGAAAAGUGAGGAAACAUAUCUCAAAAAUAGAAGGAGUAACAUCAUUCAGUAUAGAUUUGGCCACGAAGAAAGUGACAGUAAUUGGAGAUGUAACUCACUCAAGCGUGCUAGCAAGCUUGUCCAGGGUGAAAAAUGCACAGCUCUGGCCAUCUACAGCGGUAACAGUAGCAGCAUCUUCAUCUUCCCCAAUGGGGAAAAUGAAUUACUGAUGAUGAAAAAAACACUAGGGUUUUCUAAUCUUUCUUUUUUUAAUGGAGUAGACUGCCAACUAUGACAUAUCAGGAGUUUGUGUGUUUUUCCUGUCUGGAUGCAUGCUUUGAUACUAAUCAACAUUUGAAAUGUAAUGUAAACUAAUCAAUGUAAGCUUUUU